UCGUAUGGCACUUCAAACAGCGACAGACCGCUGUCGGAUCUCAUCAAUUGUUCUGCUAAAAUGCACAGAACCACCGUUCGACCAACAUCCGACAUAGUGCAAGCAGCUGAUAUUUAUAGACAUUCAUUAUCACCAGAAGGUUCGUUUCUAUGCUGUUAUGAAAGAAAGAAAAGAAAGUGGCGGGCAGAAAGGAGCAAUAGCAGCAGGGAGUGAUGUGGGUGCCUGUGCUGAGUGCAUAUGGGAGGAAAAUCCUCACUUGGAAUUUUUUUUUUUUUUCAAACUUUAAAAAAUAUCCUGACGGAUGUCUUGCUUCCUACAGCUGAAGCCAUCGAUUAUUGGUACGAAAACUUGCAGCAUUAUGAACAAACCGUCGAAGCCAUGGCUAGUUCCAAACUUGAUCAAAAAUUCAAGGAUGACUUGAACCGUGUCAAUGAGUGGUUUCGACUAUUAUGCGAAGCAGAGAGAACCACAGCCUUAUAUAGUAUCGUUCAACAUGCGACACAAGUACAGAUACGAUUUUUGAUUGCUGUCCUUACCAAGAUGGCUAAUCAAGACCCCUUGGGAGCCCUGUUAUCACCGGGGCCUAAUCAAGACAAAGACCCUUUUCUACCUACCUCAGUCAAGCAGUCUGAACUCGAAUUACAACAACGCAUGCGCUCUGUUUACCCUUUGCGAAAUAAAUUGGCUUCUCGCAACAUGUACCGACAAUCCAAUGCCUUUAGUGAACCUGACGACUACACUCGAAGAAGACAGCAUGAUUUAUUAUCUGGAAGAACCCUUGGAUUGACCGAGUCUGGAAUUCUAUAUGAAAAGGCUAUGGCCCUUAAGCAAGCUUCUGGCAUCCGCACUUCUACUGUCAGCAGCAGCUCAAUAUUAAGCUCAUCGUCUUUCAUUAAAUCUCCACGUCUUCCUCAGCCUGUGAAACGACCCGAUUCCAGUUCAAGCCUUUCCAAUCAAAGUCCCGCCACCAGUCCAUCGCCUAUAACCGACUGGCCCUAUGCGUUUCAAAAGAACGACUCGUCCUCCUUUGUUGCUAAUACCUCUGCUAGAAGUAGCCUGGCUGAAACUUCAUCAACAAAUAGUAGCACACUAGGUGGACAUAGUAGCAGCAGUAGCAGUGAUGCAUUGUCAGAAUGGUCACCUUUGCUUGCUCCCAAAAGCCAGCAGCCACCGCAUCAACAAGAUCAGGAACAUAAUCGACCUUCUAUCUAUGAUCACAAAUGGAGUCCAGGGGGCAAGAAAUUGGAAACGACUAGUCUGGAGCAGCAUGAAUCCACCACACUUCCUUUGCGUGCUUCCAAGCCUGUGUUAUCCUCCAUUGACACCACCAUGCAUCCGAGUUUUUUCAAUUCUCAGCAACCACAUUCGUUACCAAGAUCUGAACCAAAGCUAUGUGACGAUGUUGUGAGCUUGCCUACACCGGAUGACGCAAAAUCAAGCUCCAACGCCACCACAUUUGAUACCAAUAUGGGAUUAGAUACCAAAGCACCCACUUUACCCAUAAAAUAUAACCGACGAAUGAGCAACAGUACACCUACAGGUCAUCGUUAUUCACCGCUCCUGUCCCCUCUACCCAGUCCAAAGUCUCUCUCUCGAUCAUCUAAUCGAUCCACGUCACCGCCUUUCCGAGCUUGGCCACCGUCUCCUGCGGCCAACAGCAAAUCCAAUUAUUCGCAAUUUCUCAAUCCGCACGAUGGAGUGAGUCUUCCAGAGUACCUGAGUGACCAUAGUGAUGGAUCAGGAUCCAGUCACGCUGAACCAGGGCACUUGACAGAAGCGGCCAUGAACCGAAGACGAAGAGCGUCUGCCGCUCGUGCAGCCAAAGAUAAAGUUGCGGCAGAAACAGUGGAUUUUGAUCUCAUGCAGGAUGUUCAAGCAUGGCUUCGAACUUUACGAUUGCAUAAAUACGCCUAUGCGUUUGAAGGGCUGACUUGGCAGGAAGUCGUUCGAAUGACCGACGAUGACAUGAUCCAAGCUGGAGUGAAUACCAUCGGUGCUCGACGCAAACUACUCAAAGUAUUUGAAAAUGUUAUGAACCAUUGCCAGAAAAAUGGCCUCCAAUAUUAACUAAGCACGCCAAAACAACAACUCCCUCCUGUCUUUUAAUUCCUAGAACAUAGUCUUGCCUUUUGUACCAUUUCAUUCCUUCUGGUGCCUUGACGCCGCCUUCACGCCAAUUUUACAUACCAUUCAAAUAAGCCAUGAUGCAAACUCAAAGUUUUCUAAAAAAAGAUCUUCCGAUAUUGAAGCGAGGUGGAGACCCCUCUCCGUUUUUG